AUUUUGGAUUUUUUGUGUUUUGUGUGUUGCUUUUGAUAAACGAAAGAGAAAGCAAAAUUUACAGAACGCAACAGUAACUGAGUGAUAAAUGCAUUUUUAAAAAUAAAAAAAUAAUACACAGCAAAUAAGAAGAUUGAGCUAAUGUAAUUUGAAAAUAUUUAAAAGAAAGAAAAUAUCAAGUAUAAUAUAUCGUGCAAAUGCAGCCCUGUAUUGACUAUUGGCGGUAUAUUCAGCUGUUGUUUACUAAUAUCUUACAUAUAUUUGGCGAAAUUGGAGGGUAUCGAAUAUAUCUUAAAAAAAAGUGAAAAAAAGAAAGUUUUGAUUCUACAAUUAAGUGGAGCAGGAUUUAUUUUCACUUCAUUUUGUAACUAGGGAUGAUUCUGAAUUUAAAAUUUAUUUUCUCUGUUUCAUUCCUCCCCGUUUCCUGUAAAAACAAAAUACAUUUUCCACCUAUAACGAACAUAAACAAAAAAAAGUAAAAGACUUCAUCGAAACAUCAACCGAGUAAAAUUUUUGACUUAAAAAGCCUAUAUUUCAAUGCCGAAGAAGGUUGCAAAAUUAAUAAUAAAAAUGAUUAAUCACAAACUCGUACUAAUCCAAAGAAUGGAAAACAAAAAUUAAUGGAUAACGAAUGAAAGGUUAACAACAUAUAAUAAUCAAAUAUUAGACCAACUAAACAUAGGGUAAAAAAAGUAAUAUAAACUAAAUGAAGAAGAACACAUUUUUUAAAGUGCAUAAUCAAGAACUUUGGAUUAAGUUAAGUUGAAAAGUUAUUCAAGACUACAAAAAAUAAACGAAUCCUAUUAUAUAUCUAUACGUAUGGGUGAUUGUGAUUGCUAAAGACGAUGAGUUACCGUAUGUGAAUUAUUAAGCUUAUAUGUUGUGAACAAUAAAGCGAAAGAAAAAUCCAACGUCAGGCAUACGUCAACAAAAUAUACAGACAUACGCACAUAAACUUUCAUUUCGUCUUUUAUACAAAUUUUCCAAAUCUUGUCGUCUGUACGUUGUCAUAUGCCACCCGUUUACGUUCAUUUCGGUAUGUGUGCGUCGACGUCGUCGCUUAAGAAAUACAAAGUGUACAAAGAAGAGUAGAGAAAAAAAAACAACGCACACAAAAAUUUUGUUUAAAUCAAAAAAAGAAAACAUUAUUUUUGUUUGAGCAGCUUUUUAGCUGCUAAUGCAGCUAUAAAGUGAAAAGUUUUCUCAAGUUGCGUCAUCAUAAAAUAAUAUUUACCAUAUAUGUGAAACUAAGAACUAUCAUCUGCAGUCCUGCUUGUUAAACCUAUCAAUAGAUUGCAUCUUUAUCGGAUAUACUAAAGUAUUUGUUAAUACACAAUGUCCGUACAACAGUUUUGUUUACGUUGGAAUAAUCAUCAGCCGAAUUUUAUAGCGGUGUGCUCGACUCUACUGACGAGUGGUACGUUAGUCGACGUUACUUUAGCGGCCGAAGGUAGGCAACUACAAGCCCACAAAAUUGUUCUCUCAGCUUGCAGCUCCUAUUUUCAGACACUUUUUACAACGAAUCCAUGCCAGCAUCCCAUUGUUAUAUUAAAGGAUGUACAAUAUGAUGAUCUUAAAACUAUGGUUGAUUUUAUGUACUAUGGUGAAGUAAACGUUUCGCAAGAGCAGUUACCGCAUAUUUUAAAAACGGCGGAGAUGCUUAAAAUAAAAGGACUCGCCGAAAUGCCCACCGAUCCUGCUAAUUUAACUAAGUCCGAUAGUAAAUCGUCAAACGAUGCAACCGAAUUGGUUGGUGGUGCUGGCAUAGGUGGUGCUAGUGGAAGUAACGGUGCGACUGGGAACAAUAGCGGAAAUGGAAAUAGUGGAAGUGGCGGUUUGGGUAGCAGUGGCACUGGCAGUGUUAAUGAUUCGUUGUGGGGCUCAACAGAAGCGCAAUUUCAACAACAGCAACAGCAGCCACAACAUCAACAGCAAUCUCAGCACCACCAUCAACAAUUACAACAACAGCACCAUCACCAACAGCAGCAACAGCAAUUACACUCGCAAUUACAAAAUAGUCAAACGCAAACCUCUCAGCAACAGCAACAACCGCAGCAUCAUCAUCAGCAGCUUCGACGAACACCGUCACCUUUAGUUGCUGGCGCCUCGCCGGCCACCCGGCGAAAACGUUUACGCAAAUCUUCAAAUAACGGUUCGGGAGAACGUGUCAAUUCCGAAGAUCAGCACAAUCCAUCUUUAGAUGCGGCAACGACGGGGGGCUUAACGCUUUCACAAAUGAGCCAGAUGUCAUUUGGAGGAAAUGCUGGAAAUAGUGGUCUUGGUGGCCUAGCUGCCCAUCCUUUACAUACGGCGAAAUUACUUAAAGAAGCCUCUAACAAUGAUAUGGAAACACAUCCCCAAGAUUCGGAUAGUUUGGAUGAUGCACACGGUCAUGUACAUAUGCAAAUUAAACCUGAAGUUGACAUCAGUGGCGUACAACAGUCAAUACCAUUAGAUAUAUCUGGGGCUACAACGCCUUCAGAACAUGAUGCUCCUAACACGCAAUCUGCUCAUUCGGGUUUGCAAUGGACGGUCGUUGACUCUAAUUAUUCACGCUUUUCGCUGACAUCUUGUCCCCCAAAUUUAAUUGGUACUAACGGCGGGAACAACAGCAGCAACACUCAAAAUACAAAUGCCAAUAGCAGUGCAAAUAGUGAACAGCAGCAACAACAGCAGCAACAACAGCAACAGCAGCAACAGCAUUUGCAACAGUUGCAAUAUCAGCAUCAACAGAAUUCAGCCUAUUCGCCGCAAAUAAUAACGGUAAGCGGUUAUUCGAAUGCGGCUGCAGCCGCCGCAGUAGCUGCCGCUCAAAAUCUGUCACCACCCUCUCCUAAUGAUGCCAAUAUGGUUCAAACGGUAUAUAGUCAAGGACCUACGCCCACUCAAUCGCCGGUAGGUAACGCGUCUGCGGGUAGUAGUUCCAAUAACAUGUCUACAAGUAAUUCAAAUAACAGUGCCAGUGUGAAACGUAAACGAUCUGUUAAUCCACAAGGCGAUGAGAAUUUCAUACGCGCUUUGGAAGCAGUGCGUUCGGGUGGUAUCGGUUUUUGUAAGGCUGCAAAACUGUACGGUGUCAAUAAUCGCACGCUAUGGUUAGAAUAUAAGAAACGGGGCUAUCCCGUAUCUCGACCGAGUAUAAAAUCGCGUGUCGUCAAACAAGAACCGAAUUUGUCGCCGUCACCUACCCCGCCCGCUAACACUGCCGAUGAUACAAAUGAAAAUUAUGAACAUAUGGCGGCAGCUGUCGCGGCUGCACAAACUGCCGCUCUUAAUAUGCAAAUACCACCGACUUCCGAUACGCCGACACCUUCGUUAAUGUGCACACCUCACCAUGCCGGCACAACGGCUAGUGCUGGCACUCAUCCCACAAUGAUGAGUUUUCUCGACACGCGACAUAUUGACUUUCCUCCCAGUCUGCACUCCAUGUCCAGACAACGAUACAUUGAUGCCACAGGCGCGAGUGGGGGUCCCGGCGCGGGCACUAUCAAUGUAAAUCCUGCCGCUGCCAUGAAUUUACAGAGUAUUAACUUCAAUUCGAUAUAGAAUUCAAUGUCUACGAGUUCCCAUACAACGACAACGGCAGUGGUAACGACAGCAGCUAUGCCCACACUAACAGCCCAUUUGGAACAACAGCAACAACAACAGCAACAACAGCAAGAUACGACAACUACGAUACACCAAGUGACCACUGAACAACCGCCGACAUUAUUACAUACGAACGCAACUCAACAACACGGCAUAGAUAGCCCUCACCAUCCUGCCUCUCACACUAUUUAUGUGCACAAUUAUGGCACUUCAACACCGAUAGUUGUACAUUCGGCCGAUCAUCCUUAUAUAACGAAAUCAUUUGUGCCGUUUAAAUUGCAACUUGUAGAUGUCGAUGUUAAACCCUUCACUACAGAAUCAACCUGCAAUCUUUCAGUUCCUUCCCAUCAGCAGCAGCAGCAACAGCAACAACAAAACCAAAUAGGUGUAAAACGUAAUCGAGUACUUACGCGGCAACCGCGUGUUAAACGAGACAGUGACAGUUUAUCUAAUAAUCAAGCGUCACCUGAACCUACUACAUCGUCUGUCUCUGGUAGCGGCAGUGGUAACAUUGAUUUUGAAACUUUUGGCACCGGUGUUACAGGUCAAGCUCUUUACUCGUCUUCUCAUCAUAUUACGCAUCAGCACCAGCAACAGCACNAUCAUCAUCAUCAUUUAUUAACAGUACCGCCACGUAUUGAAAGGCAUUCAUCCGAACCGGCACCCAGUGUCUCGCCAACUUCACCUCACUUACUUACUGUGCCACAGAAUACGCCGUUCUUGAUAAAACAACAUUCGGAUCCUCUGUUACCUAGUCAACAUACGUCCGCUCAUUUAACAGUUAGCAGUAGCGGUAACUUAAGUAGCACCCUAACCAAUCCAUUUGUAUCAUUACAUCGUCAAUAUUCACAUCAGCUUUCAAAUACCAAUGCUACAUAUGUCGCGUCUAGUGCACCCUUACAACACUCUCAACACAUAUCCCUACCGGAAUCGAUUUAUGCCAGUUCCUCACCGCCGCCUGCUGGCUCAUCGCAUUACAUAGUGCCGCAGCAAAUGCAGCAAUCACAGCAAACAAUUGUUGCUUCUGGCAAUAAUAAUUCAGUAACUUCAGCUGUUACAGAUACUACAAGUCCCGUUAAAACUUUAAGUCUACCCCAGUUCACUACCAUCUAUUUGAGUUCCGAACGUUCUUCAGUUCCAAUACCAGAGCGUCCCGUUUCCAGAGACAAUAUCUCAGUUUCAUUGGCAGUUGCGUCCACAUCGUCGACUCUCACUGUCGGCCACAAUAACAGAUUACGUACCUCUAAAUCUCUACAACCACAUGGGUCAACGUCGUCAACAACAUCGGGUGUACACAGUGGCAGCACCAGCAGCUCACUCGAACAUUUACCUACACUGCGUGUUAGAAACGAAGAGUUGCAAAGAUCCGUAUCCUCCCCACAGACUUCGCGAGAAAUAAUAACUUUGGAGAAUCCACGUGCUAGUCAUUGUCCAGUUAUACGGCCUGGACCGGCCCUGGGUUGCAAUUUUUGUUGGAAUACUAUCGAUGGGCAUGGUCGAAUUUUGCGGCGCAAAACUAAAUAUCAUUGUCCUGAGUGUCAGACGAAUUUAUGUAUUGUGCCGUGCUUUCAAGAAUAUCACGAACGUUUGAAUAAUGAAGUUGCCAAUGCGACAGCAGCAGUUGCUCAAUCAUCGUCAUCAUCGUCAUCAUCAUCAGCAACAACGACAACAGCAACAACAGCAGCAACAACAGCUAUUCCCUCCACAACAACCAGUAAUAGUAGUAAUAGUAGCAGUAGUGCGAUCACAACUACUGCCACUACAACUAAUAAUCAAAUCGAUCAUCGAAAUUUGACGAAAACAUCGGCAGCUAGACGUUACACUAAAACAGAAAAAACUUAAAAUGAAUGAUCGACAACUACUUGAUUCGAAGUCAGUGUGUCUUUCAGCCUUCAAUCUUGUUGUUAUUGUUAUUAUAAACAAUCAUUAAUGCUCUUGAUUUUUUAGUCAAACAGUAGAAAGAAAGAAGUUCGUUACAUAUAAGAAGAAGAAAAAGAAAAAGGUAAAACGAAAGAAGAAGAAUAGCGAUCUUUCUUAGCAUAUUUGUUAUUUGUCAAGGGAUUUUUGGUUACAUCUCUAACACAUGCACAAAAAUCCCAAAAUCCUAUUUGUUUGUUUAAUCUUUUGGUAAAUCUCUUCUCGUUUAU